UGGCCAAAAAACCACUUGCUGUGUACGUCUCGACGGAGGCCGUGUGUGUGUGUGUGUGUCUUACGAUGUUUUUGAAAAACUUACGGAGAGUUCACGUGCGGUUUUCCUAAACCUGUGCUGCGAAGUGUCUCUUCGACGAAAGUAUAUAGCAAGGAGUUCCCUUCGUUGUGUGCUUUGUGAAGUUUCCUUUAACGGAAUACGUACACAUACUCGGAUUCGUUCGGACAUCUUCCAAGCAACUGUGUAUCCUCCACGAUGAAGUCACGGACACAACCGAAUCGGACGUGGGUUUCACCGAUCGUGCGCGGUACGAACGAUCGGUGGUUAGGCCUAACCAGGCCGUAAGGAUGGCAGUGGCAUCGACGAGACUAAGGAGAAGACGGUUGUGAGAGAUAAAAAAAAAAAGGUGUUGGCGACUCGAAGGAAAGACAAAGUGGCGGUGAUGCAGAGAGUGUCGGGGAGGUAACGAUGCGAGUGUGUGGGACUUUGCUGGCCCUGCUAGCAUGGACGGUUCUCGCCGGGCCAGUCCUGGCGCAUCGACACAGAGAAGUCAGAAAAGGAAAAAUUUGCAUCGGCACCAAUGGCCGUAUGUCCGUACCUUCAAACCGGGAGCACCACUACCAGAACCUCAGGGACCGGUACACAAACUGUACAUAUGUAGAUGGAAACUUGGAACUGACAUGGCUACAGAACGCGAGCUUGGACCUGAGCUUCCUUCGCGACAUCCGCGAAGUGACGGGCUUCGUCCUCAUCUCGCACGUCGACGUCCAGAAGAUCGUCUUGCCCAGCCUGAUGAUCAUCCGCGGACGGAACCUCUUCAAGCUCAACGUCCACGACGAAGAGUUUGCCCUUCUGGUCACGCUGAGCCGCAUGGAGAACCUGGAGCUCCCCGCGCUCCGAGACAUCUUGCGGGGCAACGUCGGCUUCUUCAACAACUACAACCUCUGCCACAUGAAGAACAUUCAGUGGGAAGAGAUACUUUCGGGGCCGCCCGCGAAGAUGGUGUACAGUUACAAUUUUACUCAACCGGAACGCGCCUGUCCGCCGUGUGACUCCACCUGUCCGGGGGGACACUGCUGGGGCGAGGGAGCUCACAACUGCCAAAAGUUUUCCAAGGUGAACUGUUCGCCGCAGUGUCACCAGGGGAGGUGUUUCGGGCCGGAACCGCGCGACUGUUGUCACCUGUUCUGCGCCGGUGGUUGUGUGGGACCGAAGCAGAGCGACUGUCUUGCGUGCCAGAAUUUCUACGACGAUGGUGUGUGUAAGCAAGAGUGUCCGCCCAUGAUGAGGUAUAAUCCGAAUACUUACUCGUGGGAGUACAACCCGGAGGGGAAGUACGCGUACGGGGCGACGUGUGUCAAGGACUGUCCGGAACAUCUGCUCAGGGAUAACGGUGCGUGUGUGAGGAACUGCCCGCCGAAUAAGAAGGCUCAGCAUGGCGAGUGCGUGCCCUGCGACGGACCGUGCCCCAAGAACUGCCACGGAGUUGAUGUGGUCAACUCCAUGAACAUCGAAGGCUUCCGCGGCUGCACCAUCAUCGAAGGGUCACUCACAAUCCUAGACACCACUUUUAAUGGCUUCCAAGAAGUCUACACAAACUUUUCAUUUGGCCCACGCUAUGACAAGAUGGAUCCCAACAGGCUGGAAGUCUUCAGCACGUUGAAAGAGGUCACGGGCUUUGUAAAUAUUCAGGCGUCUCACCCAAACUUCACUUCACUCCGCUACUUUCGGAACCUGGAGAUCAUCGGUGGUCGGACUCUUACAGAUGGGCAGAAAAGUCACGUAAGUCAGUACCACUCAGAUGAUACACAGCUAAUCAACAACAGGUACUUUGCUGCACUCUACAUUGUGAAAACUUCACUCAAGUCACUGAAUCUGCGAAGCCUCAGGAAGAUCCGGUCGGGAAGCGUGGCGAUCCUGGAAAACAAGGACCUGUGCUUUGCGAGCAGUGUCGACUGGCACCAGAUAGUGAAGUCCAACGUUCACAGCGUAUUGCUGCAGCGCAAUUCCAACGAUACUGACUGCCAAGCCCUGAAUCUUGUGUGUCACCCUCAAUGCUCAACCAGUGGUUGCUGGGGCCCUGCACCCAAUGAAUGUCUGUCUUGCAAAUCGUUCCGCCUGGAUGACACCUGCAUUGAGAAGUGCGAGACCUCGAAAGGCAUUUUCGACAACGGAAACUACGUCUGCAACCGCUGCCACGAAGAGUGCCUCGGCGAGUGUUUUGGGCCUGGUGCAAACAACUGUAGCCGGUGUCGCCACGUCCGCGAUGGCCCUUACUGUGUGAGGCAGUGUCCCGAGUCCAAGUUCGACCAGAACGGGGUGUGCAUGCCCUGUCACGACAACUGCGUUGGGGGUUGCACGGGUCCCAACAACACCAUCGGGUCUGGGGCGUGCAACUCUUGCGAGAAGGCCAUCGUCAGCGCCUACGACCCUAAUGUCGUGGAACAGUGCCUCAAGUCCGAAGAACCUUGCCCGUUGGGUUUCUACAAGGAGUUCAUUGGUCCGCAAGAGGAAGGUCCACUCAAGUCGCUCACGGGGAAAUUUGUGUGCCGCAAGUGCCAUCAGCGUUGCAGAAACUGCACCCAGUACUCCAUCCAUGUGUCCGUGUGCGAGUGCCUGCACUACAGCAACGGGGAACAAUGUGAAGACCAGUGCCAGCGUGACCAUUACCCGGACGAAGCCAACCGGCGAUGCGUGCGUUGCCACGAUGAGUGCCGCGGAUGCACGGGGCCCACCGCUGCACAUUGUACCAACUGCAGAAACUUCCGCAUCUACACGUCGGAGAACCGUACUUCGUUCAACUGCACAGCCACCUGUCCUCCUGAUAAGCCCUUCAAGGUCUUUGAUGACAUGACAACGAAGGACCCACAUUGUUCAGUUGAUGAUCCAACACCAGUCGCCGUGCAUGGAAGGAUUGAGGAGGACCACUUGCCAGCCAUCUUGGCCAGUGCAGGAGGAUGCAUAUUGCUCCUGGGAAUCUUCCUGGCUGUGUUCAGCUACAGUUGGUUCCAGCGAGCAAAGACUAAAGAAAACACCGUGAAGAUGACCAUGCGUAUGAGCGGAUUUGAAGACAACGAGCCACUGAAGCCGACCGACAUCAAGCCGAACUUGGCACAACUGCGCAUCGUGAAAGAAGCAGAACUAAGGAAAGGAGGCAUAUUGGGCUACGGCGCUUUCGGAACUGUCUAUAAGGGUGUGUGGGUCCCUGAAGGGGAAAACGUCAGGAUCCCAGUUGCCAUCAAGGUUCUCAGGGAAGGAACAGCUCCGAAUACGAACAAGGAGUUCCUUGAGGAAGCCUACAUCAUGGCCAGCGUGGACCACCCCAAUGUCCUGAAGCUUCUGGCAGUGUGCCUCACUUCUCAGCUCAUGCUUGUUACGCAACUCAUGCCUCUGGGAUGCCUCCUGGACUAUGUACGCAACAACAAGGACAAGAUCGGAUCAAAGCCCCUGCUCAACUGGUGCACACAGAUCGCACGGGGAAUGGCUUACUUGGAAGAGAAACGCAUGGUGCAUCGUGACUUGGCUCUCAGGAAUGUACUGCUACAAACGCCCGGUUGCGUGAAGAUCACUGACUUUGGCUUGGCUAAGCUUCUGGAUAACAACGAGUUUGAAUACAAGGCAGCCGGAGGGAAGAUGCCAAUCAAGUGGCUGGCGCUCGAGUGCAUUCAACACAGGAUCUUCACUCACAAGAGUGAUGUCUGGGCAUUUGGCGUAACCGUCUGGGAACUCCUCACCUACGGAAUGCGACCGUACGAAACGGUCGCGGCACGCGACGUCCCCGACCUGCUCGAAAAAGGCGAACGACUCAACCAGCCGUCCAUCUGCACGAUUGAUGUCUACAUGAUCAUGAUCAAAUGUUGGAUGCUGGAUGCCGGAUCUCGACCGUCGUUUAAGGAGCUUGCGGAAGAGUUCGCCAAAAUGGCUCGCGACCCCGGUCGUUACCUCGUUGUUCCGGGAGACAAGUUGAUGCGUCUGCCGAGUUACACCGCGCAGGACGAAAAAGAACUGAUCCGUAACCUCAGCAUGCCUAUAGAGGGAGCCGAGGUCAUAAUGGAUGCGGAAGAGUAUCUGCAGCCGAAGGCAGAGCUCAUUCAAGGCUUCCCUCCCGAUCAAGCAGCACCUGCAACACCAAUCAAGAAGUUCAUGGAUGACAGGGGCUUUGAAGAGGACCCCACCCUGGGAAUCCCACACCCAGCUGUAUUCUUCCCGGGUACAAUGCCCCCUCACGGCACUGAAAUGAACGGCAUCUGCCACGGUAUGGGAAACAACCCUCGCACUCGUGAGAAUAGCCUCAACCAGCGCUACUGUAUGGAUCCCCUACAGAUGCUGGGAAAAGAUGCCGAUGUGAUGGGUGAUGACGAUGCCUUCAUCCACAAUGCUGCUACCCUUCCAAAGGGCACAAAGCCAUCUGACAUGAAGCUCCACCUUCCGGUGGACGAAGACGACUACCUGAUGCCGUCUCCCCGGAGCAGAGGGUUGUCCACAACCUACAUGGACUUAAUUGGGGAUACGCGAUACCCAGAUCCGUCGACUCCUCGUCUGCAAGAUUACGGGAGCUUUGUUCCAGACUUCAUUCCUCAAAACGGACUUCCCUGUCAACCACACGGUGUCGACAACCUCGAAUACCACCUCAUGAAUCGCAACCGCGACCCGCGGCAUCAGUAUGUGAACACUUGUCCCACUCCGACUGGUCCGCUGGGAUCACCGACGGUGGUUCAGCAGCAGCAGCAGCCGCAAUUUCCCAUAGGCCCGCAGUCACAGCCGCAGCGGAAGCAGAACAGUUCGGACGAAGAUACGGACGAUCACGAGUAUUACAACGACUACGAUAGACUCAAGCGCGAACUUCAGCCAUUGAAUCAUCGUAGUCGAAGUGAGACUACUGUGUGAAGCUUGUUUUCAACGCUGAUGUUCUUGGAACAGUUCGGUUGAAGUUCGGUCAACAUUGAAACAGUGUCGAACGUCAUUAAACGUCAAUCACCGUUGAAAAUUGCGAGAACUGGAUGAGAGACAUCUUGUGCCAGAGUUUGUGCUUCAAGUGAUACGUGAGUUGAGUGACGACUUCGUUAUUUAUUUUAAAGACUCGGAAAAGUGCAGUGAGUUGAAAAAGACAAUCUCGUAGCAGAAGGGACAGUCGACGACGAAGAAACAAUGAACUUCGGUUUCUGCGUGUUUCUCAACUCUACGAACUGCGCCGUGAGCAUUACAACGUGUAUAUAUUAUACAUAAACAAACUGCCAGCGAACUGCUCUGGUUGUUGCAGUCCAUACUGCGCACCGUUCUGUUUACAAUUUGUACAUGCAGCUUCUUUUCUCGUGCUUGGCCGCUAGUUAGCAGACGAUGCCCGUUCAUGUUCAUCCUGCCGAAAAAAACAUUUUAAUCAUGGUCACAACCCCUUUACUUCCUGGUGAGCUUUCAGUAUUAAGAAAUUUUUUGUAAGAGUUUUUUUGUGCCAUACUAUUUUCAUAUUCUCGCAGUUUAUGGAAUAAUUGUGCAAAGGUCACUUUACGUAUUUCAUUCUACUAUCGUUGCAGAAGCGUUCUAAAUUACUGGCCCUGUUAUUGUUAGAACUUUUGACAUACCAGUGAUAUCGUAUUUUGCGAAGAAAAACAAACAGACAAAAAAUAUUUUGCCGAUAUUUGCUCCGUACGAGCAGGAAGUUUCUUUUUUGCAGAGAUAGUUUGCCGGAAGUUUACGUACAUUAGACUCAGUUUUAUUGUGUUUAAUGCUGCAUUAACAUUUUGCAACUCGAUUAGCAUAGUUGAACAUUACAAGCUACAUACCAUGUAGAAAAUCAUUGCAAUCUGUACCUAUUAAGUACUGACUAGUACUAAAGACUCACUAUACGUUCUGUAGGUAGCAUGUGUUGUUGGUUCCUCCUGUUGGAGAUAUGUAAAUGAGUGUAGAACCAACUUCGUAUGUAAUGUACAAAGCAUUUUUUUUUUACUUUCAAGUAAGCUGCGAGACAGAGACCAAUGCCACGCAUGAAUCUGUCGUAAUAAAUGAAAUGUGAGAACAACACGGACAGAAUCAUAGCAGCUGCAUAGUUUCAAGUCGCUACUGUCACAUAGGAUAAAGCUGUGGAAAGUAAAGCGAUAUUUUUAUGAGAGAUUGUAUUAUUUUUUUAUCGUGCACUAAUAAAAAAAUAUGUGAGGUACA